UUAAAUCAGACGACAUCCACGGGCGAAGAACUGAACGGUUUUAUCAAAAAUUCACCAAUAUACGUAACUUCUUUGACCGCCACCGAAAAUAUAAACAACAACAGCACCGCAAACAAAGGACAGGGAGGAGGAAGCGUCUUAAGUACUACUACGGCCGUUGUGGCCGCCAACAAGGACGUAAUCACCACCUCGAAACAAUUACCCAAUGGUAGAGGCGAACCUCUUGGAGGACUACCAACUAUUGAUCAUUUAGAAAAUUCAAAUAAAGUGCCGAAUGACGUAAGGGCUGAUGUACAGAACGAUCUCCUCAAAGCUGGAGAAAGCCCGACACAAGCUAGACCAUUAGGAGAUAGAAGAAGCUCUUCUCCUUUCCAAAAUGGAAGAACUGAGCUGCUGCUAGCUGCAGAAGACAAUAAUAAAGUGAAAACAACGGCCAUUAUAGAAAGCAAUAAUAAUAAAUUGAGCAUUGAUUUAGAAAAUAGGCCUCGUCGACGUUCGGGCAGCAGUAUAGUUGUUCUCGACGGGGACCAAGAGCCGGUGAAAAAGCACCCAGACGACUUAGACGACAGCCUAGAGUACAAUAACAUGGUGAUGAUGAUUCCCAGCGAUAACGGACCCCACAGGGAAAUGGCCGUUGACGUGCCGGAUACGUUCAUCGCUAGGAAUAAAACCCCACCUAGAUAUCCUCCCCCGAAACCCACGUUACAGAGUGGGCUAAACGAUUCCACCGUGUGUCAAACCUCAUUAUCCGAUAAUACCGCCGCAACGACGAAACCCGUACCUCCGCCCCGAGAUCACCUAAAGAUCGAAAAGGACGGUCGUCUAGUCAACAGGGCACCUGCUCCACAGUUACCCGCCAGAAUUACCAAUAACAAUAGCAUCACCCCUGGUAAUAAUACCACCCCGACCGUCACAACGCCAGUGUGCGCAGAACCUACUCAAGAUCAGUUAGAUAGCAUUAAAAAAUAUCAGGAACAAAUUAGAAAACGCAAAGAAGAAGAAGAUCGAUUAGCAGCCCAAAAUGAAUUCCUAAACCGAUCAUUGCGAGGUUCUCGCAAAUUGCAAGCUCUAGAGAGUAAACCCCACGGUUCCAUCAACGAUGCCUUCGAAGACGAGAGCCAGGAGUCCUCCAGACCGGGCACGCCAUCAUCUCCAGCAACAGCUGAAAAGGAAAUCGUCCAUGUACAGUAUGCUUAUGGUGACUUGGUCGCAUCCAUCCAAAGGUUACAACUGCAACUAAAGAAAGUCGGCUCAGGAAGCGGAUUAAGCAGUCUAGAAGGCCGAAUCGCCGCCAUCCAGUCCCUCCUUUUAUCACCGCAAUUCAGCCGAGCGCUGGCUGUCCACAACACAGUCCAAAGCGUUAGGUCACGAACCGCGCCCAGGCCCUCGCCUACAGCUCAAACCGCCCUGAGAGACUGCCUGGAUGCGAUAGGUCAUUCCCAAAGUGCUUAUGCCGUGGAAUUGGCAACUUUAUUGACUGCGUACGAAUUUGAAGCUCUGAUGGUUGCUCAUGAUGGUGUGGCGUCCACUCUACCAACCGAUUCCACAUCGCCAACGCCAUCUACCUCCGAAACCGCACAACUGACGGCGACGGAUCGUAGAUACGGGGAAAAUAACAUAAAAGUUAUAAAAAUAGAAAAAAGUACUGAACCACUAGGUGCCACUGUCAAAAACGAUGGCGAUGCCGUUGUUAUAGGAAGGGUAAUAAGAGGAGGAGCGGCUGACAAGAGCGGCCUCCUUCACGAAGGCGACGAAAUUCUCGAAGUAAACGGCAUCGAGAUGCGCGGCAAAAGCAUAAAUGCUGUCUGUGAUAUUUUGCAAACAAUGGAAGGCACUUUGACUUUCCUGAUUAUUCCUGCGUCCCAAGUGCCAAGGCACAAUAACAGGGAUAACUUCCUUCAUGUCAGAGCGCACUUCGAUUAUGACCCAGAAGAAGAUAUGUACAUACCUUGUAGAGAAUUAGGUAUUGGCUUCCAAAAGGGUGAUGUUUUGCAUAUCAUUAGUCAAGAAGACUCGAAUUGGUGGCAGGCGUACAGGGAAGGAGAAGAAGAUCAAACGUUAGCAGGGCUAGUACCUUCCCUAACAUUCCAACACCAGCGAGAGAAUAUGCGAUUAGCAGCUGAAGAACGAAUGUCAAAACCUCAAAGAAAAUCUACGACGUUACUCUGUGGUAAAACCAAUAAAAGAAAAAAGAAGAAAGGCACCUACGUCGACGGUGGUUACCCAAUGUAUUCGAACAGCGUGGACGAAUAUGAUCCUGACGAAAUCUUGACAUACGAAGAAGUUUCGCUAUACUAUCCGAGAGCGAAUAACAAGAGACCAAUCGUGCUUAUUGGACCUCCCAACAUUGGAAGGCAUGAAUUAAGGCAACGACUUAUGGAGGAUAGCGAACGAUUUGCAGCCGCAAUACCACAUACUUCCCGAGCUCGGAAAGAAAAUGAAGUGGAUGGCCAGGACUACCAUUUCAUUACGAGGGCGCAGUUCGAAGCUGACAUCCUAUCAAGGAAAUUCGUAGAACACGGAGAAUAUGAAAAGUCGUACUAUGGAACCUCCUUGGACGCUAUCAGGUCUGUGGUCAAUUCCGGAAAGAUUUGCGUUUUAAAUCUACAUCCACAAAGCCUGAAGAUCCUCAGAACUUCCGAUUUAAAGCCAUACGUAGUGUUCGUAGCGCCUCCUAGUUUAGAAAAAUUAAGACAGAAAAAAAUUAGGAACGGAGAGUCGUAUAAAGAAGAAGAAUUAAAAGACACAAUAGAAAAAGCUAGGAUGAUGGAAGACAAAUACGGACACUUUUUCGAUCUUAUUAUUAUAAAUAACGAUACAGAAAGGGCGUAUCACCAAUUACUUAACGAAAUCAAUAGUCUAGAAAGAGAACCUCAAUGGGUGCCAGCAGCGUGGGUGAAAGGGUGUUAG